AUGUGCCACCUUGUGGGAAUCGAACCCAUGACCUUCUACGCCGAAGCCACGCGCCAUCUUAGCAAAGCCGCCACUGAGUUGGCGCACCGUCCAUCAGCGGGGAGGCCGAAAAUUGAAAUUUGUCAACGCGCAACCGGGGUUGAUCACGUCACCGGCGGACGUAACCGGCGGCGUUUGAUAACUCGGCGACUUUCUCUCUCGGAUGAGCGGCAGCGGCCGCCGGGCGCAGUCACGCAGCCUCACUCCGCCAUCGCCAGCGAGCCGACUCGUUCGUGGCGGACGGCGUGCAACCCUCGACACGCAGCGCGCGAAACCCCUGAACAAACAGUGCCGCGGUACACG